CUUCUGCACCGAGAAUAUAUCCAACGAAUUUAUGGCCACCAAUUUCCACAUUCAAAUGUUUUCAGGUAAACCCUCUCAGAAAGUUCUUGUUACUCCGGUCUUCAAUGAUUCCUUAGGGGCGGGA